AUGCGCGUCCCGCCGUGCCAUGAGUCCAUGAGCUCGCUGCGGAUCAGCGUGGGAGGCCUCCCCGUGCUGGCGUCCAUGCGGCAGGGCGCGGACCCGCGCUUCCGCCUGCGCUGGAGGGCCAUCGCGCUCUCGUCGGCCGGCGCGGCGCUCGUGCUGCUGCUGCUCUGCCUGCACCGCGCGGGCCCGGCGCGCCCGGCGCCGCUCGGCCCGCGCGCCCGCCGCCCCGGCCCGCGCGCCGCCGACCGCUACAAUGACACCUACCCGCUGUCCCCGCCGCAGAGGAACGCCGACGGCGUGCGCUACCGCAUCGGCGUCAUCGCCGACCUGGACACGCAGUCGCGCGCCUCCCAGGAGCACACCUGGUUCAGUUACCUGAAGAAGGGCUACCUGGUGCUGUCGGACAGCGGGGACAGCGUGGCCGUGCAGUGGGACGAGGAGCCGAGCGUGCUGCGCUCGCACCUGGCCGAGAAGGGCCGCGGCAUGGAGCUCUCCGAGCUGGUCGUCUUCAACGGGAAGCUCUACUGCGUGGACGACCGCACGGGGGUCAUCUACCAGAUCGAGGGCGACAAGGUGGUGCCCUGGGUGAUCCUCUCGGACGGGGACGGCAGCGUGGGCAAAGGCUUCAAGGCGGAGUGGCUGGCGGUGAAGGACGAGCACCUCUACGUGGGCGGCCUGGGCAAGGAGUGGACCACGGCCACGGGGGAGGUGCUCAACGAGAACCCCGAGUGGGUGAAGGUCGUGGGCCACAAGGGCGACGUGGGCCACGAGAGCUGGGUGGCCAACUACAACGCUCUGAGAGCCGCUGCCGGCAUCCGACCCCCAGGCUACCUCAUCCACGAGUCGGCGGCCUGGAGCGACACUCUGCAGCGCUGGUUCUUCCUGCCGCGCCGCGCCAGCCACGAGCGCUACAGCGAGACAGCCGACGAGCGCCGCGGCGCCAACCUGCUGCUCAGCGCCACGCAGGACUUCGGCCACGUCACGGUGACGCGCGUGGGCGACGUGGUCCCCACCCACGGCUUCUCCUCCUUCAAGUUCGUGCCGGACACGGAUGACCAGAUCAUCGUGGCGCUCAAGUCGGAGGAGGACAACGGCAAGAUCGCCAGCUACAUCAUGGCCUUUACUCUGGACGGGCGCUUCCUCCUGCCCGAGACCAAGAUAGGGAGCGUGAAAUACGAGGGCAUCGAGUUUAUUUAAGACUUCUGCACUGGACCGGCGGGC